UGGGCAAGGGAUGUGAGAAACGGGAGGAGGGGAGAGGGAGACUUUGAGGAAGUUAAAAUAGUUACUAAGGUUCUUCCCAAAUUUAAGGCGGUAAUGGGCACUUGUAAGACUAGUGAAUAGCUACCCCUUUUCUAAGUGUGUGUAAGAAGGGAGGGGGUUCGUUUUUGGGAGUUUCUUCACUCUUCCUUCCCAGAGAUGCCGGUGAGAGGAGGAGAUCGCUUGUUGCAUUCCGGCCCAUUGCUUUCAUCGUGGUUUGUGGCCCCAGGCAUGGAAGAGCUGAUAUGGGAGCAGUACACAGUGACUUUACAAAAGGACUCAAAACGAGGAUUUGGGAUUGCAGUUUCUGGUGGCCGAGAUAACCCUCAUUUUGAAAAUGGUGAAACAUCCAUAGUUGUUUCAGAUGUUCUUGCUGGUGGUCCAGCUGAUGGGUUACUUCAAGAAAAUGACAGAGUGGUUAUGGUUAAUGGGACACUGAUGGAAAAUGUGCCCCAUUCUUUUGCCGUGCAGCAGUUACGGAAAAGUGGGAAAACGGCUGUCAUUGUAGUGAAAAGACCUCGAAAAGUUCAGCUCCCAGCUGUUAGAAGAAGCCCUUCUCUUGACUAUGACUACAGAGCCUUUGAGGUCACGGAUGACCAUGCAGAAUUAGAUGGCAGAAGCACUCGGAGUGGCUAUACGGAAAGGAGCUGGCAUAGCGGAAAUGGAGGCCGCAGCCAGAGCUGGGGAAACAGCCUUGAUAAAGGCUACAGAAUUGACCCGGGUAGGGGGCGCAGCCACAGCCGAGAGCGCAGUUACAGCCGGGACCGAAGUCGUGGCCGGAGUGUGGACAGAGAGAGAAGCUUGGAUCGUGAAUACCAAAGACCUCGAAGCAGGGGCAGGAGUUUUGACAGAGAUGACAUGUAUGAACAUGGCUAUGGUGACAGUAGGAGUCCACCAAAAGAUCAUAGCUGGAGGCGUCGUCCUGAUCCUCAGUACAAGAAGGAAAUAAGGAGUGGUAGCAGAGACCGGCUUAAUUCCCGCAGCCCUUCACUUGAAUUGCAGCAUCAGUAUGAUUAUGAUGGGCAACAGGAUCCAAGUGGGCCGGUUAAUGUUCUCCUCACAAAAAAUAGAUCAAAUGAAGAAUAUGGUCUCCGGCUUGGGAGUCAGAUUUUCAUCAAAGAAAUGACUAGUACGGGCCUAGCAACAAAAGAUGGCAAUUUGCAUGAAGGGGACAUCAUCCUAAAAAUCAAUGGUACAGUGACAGAGAAUAUGUCCUUAUCUGAUGCAAGAAAACUCAUUGAGAAAUCAAGAGGGAAACUCCAGCUUGUUGUCAUGCGGGACAGAAAACAAACCCUGAUCAACAUUCCCUCAAUGCAUGACAGUGAAUCAGAAAUGGAAGAUAUUUCAGAAAUUGAGUCAAACCGGUCUUGCUCCCCUCAGGAAGACAGAAGACUGCAUCAUUCAGAUGUAGACUCUCAUUCUUCCAAUGAAAAGCUAAGAGAAAAACUAAGUACAAAAGAAGAACCAGCCAAUAGACUGUCCAAAAUGGGAGCAAUGCCUACGCCUUUUAAGUCAACUAGUGAUCUCACUGCAACUUUAACUGCAGACACAAACCACGAACCAAAGUACCAUGAUGAGCCACCAGUUGUUCAACCCAAACCAGCCCCAAGAACAUUUCUUCAGCCCAGUCCUGAAGAUCUGGCAAUAUUUGGCCCUGGUACAAAGAUGGUGAAAUUUAAGAAAGGAGACAGUGUGGGUAUCCGAUUGGCUGGUGGAAAUGAUGUAGGAAUAUUUGUUGCUGGAAUUCAAGAAGGUACCUCAGCAGAACAGGAAGGCCUACAAGAAGGAGAUCAGAUUCUUAAGGUAAACAGUCAAGAUUUCAGAGGUAUUGUUCGAGAGGAUGCUGUUUUGUACCUGCUGGAAAUUCCCAAAGGUGAUACAGUGACCAUUCUGGCUCAAAGCAAAUAUGAUGUUUAUAGAGACAUAAUGGCCUGUGGCAGAGGAGAUUCUUUCUUCAUAAGGACUCAUUUUGAAUGUGAGAAGGAAACUCCACAGAGUUUAGCAUUCACCAGAGGGGAAGUGUUCAGAGUAGUUGACACUCUGUAUGAUGGAAAGCUGGGUCACUGGCUGGCUGUGAGAAUUGAGAGUGAAUUGGAAAAAGGUCUGAUUCCAAAUAAAAGCAGAGCUGAACAGAUGGCCAGUGUUCAAAAUGCACAGAGAGAUGGCUCCAGUGAUAGGGCAGACUUCUGGCGAAUGCGUGGUCAACGAUCUGGAAUGAAAAAGAAUCUGAAGAAGAGCCGUGAAGAUUUGACAGCAAUAGCAUCUGUUAGCACUCGGUUUCCAGCCUAUGAGCGAGUUAUGCUCCGGGAAGCUGGUUUUAAGAGGCCUGUGGUGCUGUUUGGUCCUAUUGCAGACGUAGCAAUGGAGAAGCUGUGCAAUGACUUACCCGAGCUCUAUCAAGCUGCCAAAACAGAACCUAAAGAUGCAGGCUCAGAGAAGUCCACUGGCGUAGUGCGCUUGAACACUGUGAGGCAAAUUAUUGAACUGGGCAAACACGCUUUGUUGGACGUGACUCCAAAAGCUGUGGAUCUGUUAAAUUACACUCAGUGGUUCCCCAUUGUCAUUUUCUUCAACCCAGACAGCAGACAAGGAGUGAAAAUCAUGCGGCAAAGGCUAAUUUCCACAUCUAACAAAAGCUCACGGAAGCUUUAUGACCAGGCAAAUAAACUAAAGAAGACUUGUUCAUAUCUUUUUACAGCAACCAUCAAUUUAAAUUCAGCUAAUGACAGCUGGUAUGGCAGCCUUAAAGAUACUAUUCAGCAACAACAGGGUGAAGCAGUGUGGGUUUCAGAAGGAAAGCUAGAAGGAAUGGAUGACGACAUUGAAGAUCGCAUGUCAUACUUAACAGCUAUGGGUGCUGACUAUCUGAGUUGUGACAGCAGAUUGAUCAGUGACAUGGAAGACACAGAUGGUGAAGGCGGCGCAUACACUGACAAUGAGCUUGAUGAACCAUCCAGUGAACCAAGGGUCUCAUCCAUUAGUCGUUCUUCAGAACCUGUGCAACAUGAGGAGAGUUUAAGGAAACCCAGUCCUGAACCAAGAGCUCAAAUGAGAAAAGCUGGUAGCAGAGAAGUUUUAAGAGAUCCCAGCCCUCCUCCAGCAUUCAAGCCUGAACCACCUAAGGGUAAAUUGCAGAACAAAGAAGAUCCGUAUGAUAUUCCUAAGAAUUAUGAAGCCAGAACAAACAGCCCUAAUACUGCAAGCAGUGAAACUUUGGGAUUAUCUGCUAAAGCAGCUCCUCCACCUAUAGCUCUCAAGCCUACCUUUGGGCGUCCUAUAUUGAAACCCUCUCAGCCCAUGGUUCCACCAAAUGAAGUGGAGGAGAGAACAGAGGUUGUUGAAGAGGCACAAGAGAACACGCCAAAGUCUGUGCUGGGGAAGGUUAAAAUAUUUGAGAAAAUGGAUCAUAAGGCAAGGCUUCAAAGAAUUCAGGAACUGCAGGAAGCACAGAAUGCCAGGGUGGAAAUAGCUCAGAGACACCCGGACAUUUAUGCUGUCCCCAUCAAGACACAGAAGCCAGAGCAGACUGCAAGUUCCAGACCUCCAGAGCCUCAGAAACCACCUGCUAGAUCUUACCUCGAUAAACAGGGAAGUUAUGGCAGUGAUGCAGAGGAGGAAGACUAUCGAAGGCAGCUAUCAGACCAGUCUAAACGUGGAUACUAUGGACAACAGACUAGAUACAGGGAUACCGAAUUAUAGGUUUAUGCAGAGCGACCAUUGUUUUGUGAGACAGUUGCCCAGCCAAAAUGGAGCCCUGGAUGGUUUCAAAAGGUGUGUCCUUGAGGUUACUAGCAAACUUAAGCUGUAUCUACACACUGGAAUGGCAGAACUGAAGUUCAUGUAAAUAUUGGAGAAAAGGAAUCACGAUUGCCUGAAUGCUGUUGCCUAGUUUACAAAACAACCAAAACAAAAAUCUAUUUUAAGAGUUUGUAUUAAUUUCUGAUAUCUUGUAUUUUUAACAUUCUCUCUUCUGUAUUAAAAUUGCCUUUUUAACUAUUGUGACACAAUGAAAACUUGACAAAAUACCAGGCUUUAGUACAAGAAAAACAAAAUAAGUGCCUUUUUAACGAAGUGUCUUUAGUUGUUUUGUGACAUCUGAUGCUUGUGCAAAGCCAUAAUGUUUCUUUUGCCUAACUUUUGUAUGUUUCAUGGCUACAAUCUCCUCCCUGGAUGUUAUUUUUCUACAUUAAAUAGAUCUAUAUACAUUUUUUUCAUAAAUAAUGAUUUUAAAUAUGAAAUGGUUACUAUGUAGGCUGACCACUUGCAAGGCUGAGAAAGCACCAAGAUUGAAAAAAUUAUGUAGAAACGUAAUUUGUGUCUUAAACCUUUAAAUGU